AUGGACAUCUCGGGGUACCGCGGUGGGCACUACCAUCGCAGCCGCAGCAGCGGCCUGAUGCCGUCGACGUACGACCCCAAACGCAAGCCGCGCAGCCGCACCUCCGUCUCGCUGGCCUCCCGCGCGGUGCUCCUCCUCCUCUUUGUUGUGGCCGCGGGAGCGGGCAUCCGCCGCGCCAUGCACCGUGGCGAUCCAGCCGGCCAGGACUCCGGCGCCAGCGGCGGCAAGGGUGCCUCCUCCAAGCGCGGUGCCGCAGCCCUGCCGCCGCCGCCGACCCAGGCAGCCAACGCCGCCGCCGACGCGCGGCGCGAGGCGCUGAUGACGUCGCGCAUUCAGCGUGCCAUGCGCAUCGUCCCCGUCUACCGCGGCGCCGGCAAGCUGGAGACGUUCCCGCACUUCAGCAACGCCAACCGCCUGCUGCUGGCCAGCCACGGCCGCCUGCUGUGGUACCGGUAUGACGCGGACGAGGUGCAGGUGCUGCAUGAGGGCGAGGGCGUGUAUUAUGGCGCCUUCCCUGGCAUCGAGCGCGGCGUGCUGGGCGAGCCCUCCACGCUCUGGGUUGUGUCCCGCCCCCACAACUGGCGCCCCUCCAGCAGCCAGGAGUGGCUGCUGCACCUGGACAUGGACAGCGGCAAGGAGCUGGGCAGGGUGCAGAUUGCCAGCAAGUGGGCACACGACGCUGUGCGGCGGCGCGACCGCGUGUACGUGUGCAGCACCGGGGAGGGCAAGGUGCUGGAGCUGGCGUUCCCCAACAUGACCAUGAUCCGGGAGCUGCCGCUGUUCACGCUGCGGGAGCACAUCAACACGCUGGGGCCCACGGUGGACGGCAAGCUGUGGGGCGUGCUGCACAACCUGGGCGCCUCCUCGCUGGUGCAGCUGGACCUGGCCUCUGGCAAGGAAGCGCUGCGCAUCCCCAACGUCGGCGACAAGGCGCACGGCCUGGUGCUCUGGGGCGCCUCCAUCCUCACCCUCGACUCUGACGGCGGCGCCCUGGCCCAGGUGGACCCCGCCAGCGGGGCGGUCAGGAAGCUGUGGCAGAUGAGCGACGGCGGCAAGUACCUGAAGGGCUUGUGCGUGGUGGACGACAUUGCCUUCUUCGGCAUCGCCGCCCGCACAGAGCGCGGGCGCCGCGACGACCCCACCCUCAACUGCGAGCUGGCCGCCUUUGACCUGCGCACGCAGCUGCUGCUGUGGAGGCGCCAGCUGCCCACCAAGGGCCUGCUCAACAUAGUGGCGGCGCCUCACCUGGUGGUGGAGAGCACCACCUACUCCAUCAACACUGUGGACCAGAUUGGCUACCGCAGCAAGAAAGCGUACGGGGAGGCGCUGGACGUGGUGCACAAGUGGCAGCUGCACCAGGAGCACGAGGCGCAGGGCAUGCAGAAGGUGGCGCAGCAUGGCGGCGGUAGGGCCGCGGACCAAGGGCAGGAGCAGGAGGCGCAGCAUGGCAGCGGCGCUACAGGGCAGGCCCACGAGGCGCAGGCUGCGCAGCAAGGGCAGCAGGGGGCCGGUGCUCGGGACGCGGCAGCAGGGAGCGGGCAGCAGCAGCAGCAGCAGCAGCAGGGGACGGGGGUGGAGGCGGGGGCCGGCGAAGUGCGGCAGCACGUGCAGCAGGGUGUGCAGCAAGAUGGGCAGCAUGAGGAAGCUGGGCAGCAGCAGCAGCAACAGACCCAUGGCGCGGCUGCCGAUGACCAGGAUCAGCAGCACCACCAGCAGGAGCAUGUACAGCAGCAGGGGCAGGACCAACAACACGAGGGGCGCCAGCAGCAGCAUGCGGGCGUGGCACGGCGUGGUUUGAUAGAGGUGGAGCCUGUGGCUGCAGAUGACCCGCUGGCCAAGUUCCCGCCGCGCCUCGACCCCGUGCGCUGGUCCAGCGGCCUGCCGCGCCUGCUGCUCAGCGCCAAGGACAAGGAGCACGGGCUGGCAGCGGGGGCGCAGCUGCGCCUGCUCCGCACCGACACCUCGGGCCUCAAGGCGGCGCUGCGGGCGAUGCCGGAUACCGACUGGAAUGAGGAGACGCAGCGCGUGUCCAACGCCUGGAUUGAGGGCCGAAGCAAAGUGCUGAUUAAGUUCAAGCCAGGGGCCCGUUCAAUCAUGCUCAUUUUUAGCGAUCAGAGCGGAACUGGCGUGUACCGCUUCCCCUGGUACGACCGCUUCAAGCAGUGGGUGGAGCCCUGGCUGGUGCAGGUCCUGGGCCCGGGCGACCUGGACAAGGUCAUGCGCCUGCAGCUGGCCUUCAUGCCGCCGCACUCUGACAUCAAGCGGCACAUGGACAGCGGCGGGUAUGCUGCCGUCGGGCACCGCAUCCAUGUGGUGGUGCAGUCCAACCCGGACGUGGUCUUCCAUGUGUGCGAGUCACAACAGGCGGCCCAGGCUGCAGGUCGGGGCAGUACAGACACGCCCACGUGCGUUCCCCUCCACGUGGAGGAGGGGCUGGUGUUUGAGCUGAACAACCGGCUGGCGCACUCUGUGACCAACGGCGGCGACCAGCCCCGCAUCCACUUGAUUCUGGAUGUGUCCGACACGCCGCGGCAGCAGCGCCAGCUGCGCGUCGGCGAGGUGUGCCGCUAUGUGAAGGCGCGGGUCGUGUGCCCGGAGCUAGAGGGCCAGGAAGCGCACGGUGGCGGCGACGUGCUCAGGAGAUAGCGGCCGC